ACUGCCCAGAGAACCUUGAGCCUUCAUCUUAGUCUCCCUUAAAGCUUCGUGGACAACGCCACCGCUAUGAGGGUAUAUAAUCCUCUGUCUGCGAGGUUCAAGUGCUUUAUCAAGCAACUCACAUUCGCUACUAUCUGCACCUUUUUGCUAGUUCACUGUUCUCGGUCAAUCGUUAAACAUGUUUGUUUCUAUAUUCCUCGCUGCACUUGCAGCUGUCUCAGCCGUUACGGCUCAAGAUGUCACUUCUUCAGCAACUCGCUGCACCACCCGCUUCGGCUACUAUGCUCUGCCUACUGGAACCGCUGGAACCGAGGCAGUCCCGACCUGGUUCAGAUAUACGACAACAACCAACUUCUUCCGUAUCACUUAUACUACGCGCGACACAGUGACUGCUACUCCUUCAGCGACCACCUUCACGGAUGUUCUCACAACAACUGAGACCUUCUCGACCACGUCAACCUCGACCCCAGCCGCGACUACGGUCCCUACUCCUGCCGGCUUCAUUCCCCUCCUUGCUGUAGAUGUGGCCAGAGCGACCCCGAUUGCACGCAUCAAGCGCCAUGGACUUGAAGGCCGCAACUCGCAGACGCUUCAGCUGCUCAAGCGCCAGACUGCUGCUAAUCAUACUGGCGGCUUCUCCGUUGACCGAGACGGUCACACUUCCAGCUUGGAUCGCAAAUUCGUACAGCGUGUGGAUUGCCGUGUCGCGGUCACUGUGAACAGCACUACUACUACCAUCGUUACUGGUCUUCCCGAGACAGUGUUCGUGGCUCAAGCGACUGCCACGGCGCUUACUACGAGCACUGUAAGCACAACCACGACGAUUACGGCGGUCUUGCCUAGGUCGACAGUGUAUCAAGCUUGUCUGGGAAACAAUAUUGUCGACCACAUCACCGACUUCAACGGAAACACGCUUAUUUUCGAUCGCGUCAUCUACCGCCCAACUCAAGGAUUCCCCAUCGAGAACGAGCUCGUGGUCAACACCACGUCUUCCACCAACUGCUGCAUUGCUUGCCAGACCACUCCCUUCUGCGCGGGCUCUUUCUUUGUCCCUAGCGAGCAAGAAUGCCAUCUUCGCCUUACACAACCUCCGGCUGCCAGCAUCCCCGCCCUGCCCGCUCCUUCUACCUACCCAUCUGGCGGACUCUACGGUUAUGGAUACGGAUCUAACGCCACUUAUCCAACGGCAUACGCCACAGGUUCUGGAAUGAUGCGACCGACAGGCGCUUCAUCUGGCGUCCCCUUCCCCGUUGCUACCGGCGGUGGCGUUGCUCCAGUGGGUAACGGAACCUGCGCCAUUGGCAGCUUGAGCUUGUAUCUGGGCACGAUCCAGGGCCAAGAGGACUUCCCGAUUGAGUUUGCGUUGGCAUUUUCCAACGGACCGUGUGGCCGGUUGAGCGUUUGGCCUAUUCCCGUCACGGAACUAGAUGACAGCAUUGAGGAUAGGAGAGUCAGGAGGAUUUAA